AUAGUCAUUUUUACAGUGAAUUUAAUAUUACAAUUAUAUAGAUGUUUAGUUAUUAAAGUUCAUCGAGUUUUAAAUAUUUACUUGUAAUAUUUUAAAUAGUUAUUGUUGUAAGCUAACUAGAACAAUUAAGCAAUGGAUGAAUCAAGUUUGUUAGAUUUACUCCCUUUAUAUUAUUCAAGAUUAUUUCCUUACAUUGAUUAUUAUCGAUGGUUAAGUUGUGGCGAAGCAAAUACUUUUGCUCGUAGAGAAUUUUCAUUUACUUUACGGGAUGAUAUAUAUAUUCGAUUUCAAUCAUUUAGAAAAAUUAAUGAUUUCAAAAAUGAAAUAAAAAGGCUUUGUCCAUACAAAAUAGAUAUUGGAGCUGUAUAUAAUGUUGAACCAUCUAACAAAAAGCGAGAAGUAAAAUUUGAACCUAUCCAAAAGGAAUUUGUAAUAGAUAUUGACAUGACUGAUUACGAUGAAAUAAGAGUAUGUUGUUCUGGAGCAGAUAUUUGUAUCAAAUGUUGGAAAUAUAUGGCAUUAGCUGUUAAAAUAUUAGAUAUAGCUUUGAGAAAUGAUUUUGGAUUUGAUCAUAUCUUGUGGGUAUUUUCUGGAAGAAGAGGUGUACAUUGUUGGGUAUGUGACAAAAAAGCUCGCUUUUUAACACAAAAUUGUAGAAAAGGUAUAGCAAAUUAUUUGCAAUUAAUAACUGGUGGAGAUUGUACAAAAAAAAAAGUAAAAAUAAGGAAAAUGCAUCAUUCCAUUAAAAGAGCAUUAAGCAUCAUUGAACCAGUAUUUAUCAAAAUAUGUAUUGAAGAACAAAAUAUGCUAGGCACAAAAGAUAAUGUAACAAAAUUUCUAGGGAUUAUUACAGAAGAUGAAAUGCGAAAUGAAGUGAAAGAUGUACUUAAUAAACAUUUGACAAGUAUAACAAAAUGGGAAGCUUUUGUAAGCUUUUUUAAAGAUCAAAUUCAAUCAGGCUCAAAGAAAUGGUGUAAAAUGAGGUACCUUAUUGAAGAAAUAAUGAUUCAAUAUGCAUAUCCAAGAUUAGACAUAAAUGUGACUAAAGGUUUGAACCAUUUGUUGAAAUCUCCUUUUUGUAUUCAUCCUAAAACUGGCAAGGUUUGCAUACCUAUAAAUCCAAAAUUAGUUGAUCAAUUUGAUCCACAUAAUGUACCAACUAUCAUGACUUUAAUUAAUGAAAUCAAUACAUUUGACACAAAAGAAAUAACUGAACAAGGAGAAUCAACUGAUAAUUUAAAGAGAAUCAAAGAUUAUAAAAAAACCAGUUUGAAUAAGCCUUACUAUAUAUUUCAAGAAUUUUUAAGAAGUCUUGAAAAUUCGCAAAAAGGAGAAAAAAUUAAGCAAAGUGGUAUGGUAUUUAUACAAAGACAGCUUCAGUACCUUCACGAGUUUUAG